GGGAGGUUUUUCUUUUUUCUUUUCUUUUUGUAGUUGGCGGAUCCUCAAAAAACUAUAGAAAAGUUGGCAAUUUCUUAAGUUAAAAUUUUUUCCCUCUCUUUUUUUUUUUUUUCUUUUACAUUAUUAAUAUAUCCAAUGUUUGAAGCAAAAGGAAUCUCAAUGAAACUAGCCAAUGAUCGUUGGUUAUUUAGAGAUAUUAGUUUAUCAGUUGAAAAAGGUCAAGUCCUCAUUUUAAGAGGUCCAAGUGGUGCUGGAAAGACGACAUUAUUGAAAUGUUUAGCUGAACUUGUACCUUAUACAGAAGGAGAAUCUACUUUACAUGGAAAGAAAGCUUCUGACUAUGGUAUUCCUACUUGGCGGUCUAAAGUCAUGUAUGUUCCUCAACGAGCUGCCAUUCAUCCAGGUACUCCUUUAGAUCUUUUUGAAAUGGCAAAAAAGUUUCAGUCACAAAAAGGCAAAUCAUUUGGUGAUCCUGUAAGUUUUAAAAAGAAAUAAGGGAUAUGAUAAAUUGACAUUCUACUUUUAUAUAUA